AUGAGCUUGGAAGGUGUAUUGUUUGAGAUCGAUGCCGAUCCUCAAAUGGUCACCACGAAGCCAUUCGCUGAUAUUAGUAAAUACAGCAAUUUUACUGAUGAAAAGGAAGUGCUUUUUAUGAUUGGUUCAAUUUUUCGUCUUAAAAAUAUUUAUUGCGAUACGAAUAAUAUUUGGAUUAUUGAAAUGUGUUUAUGUAGUGAUGAUGAAUAUAAUCUAAAACAAGUCCUUCUGCAUAUGAAACGGCAAAUUAGAACUGGAGAAACGAAUCUUCGAACAUUAGGAAAACUACUAUGGAAAAUGGGAAAACUGGAUUUAGCUGAGAAGUAUUUUAAACGCCUAUUAGAUGAACUGCCUAUUGAUGACCAUUUAUUUUGCAUUUUAUGCGAAGAUCUUGGUGAGAUCGCAUCUCAAGCAGGUGAUUAUGAUAUGAGUAUUAAGUGGCAUCAAAGAUUUCUUGAAAUCAAAAAGCAAAACGAUUUAGAUAUGGAAACUAAUGCUAGCAAAACAAACACUCGUAUUGAUGCAACAUAUAAGAAGGAAGGUGUUACUAUUGCUGGAGGAAACGGCCGAGACGAUAAUUUGAAUCAGCUCUCUCAUCCUCUUGGCAUAUUUAUCGAUGACGAGCAGACUAUUUAUAUUGCUAAUAAUUCAAACCAUCGUAUCAUGGAAUGGAAGUAUAAUGCCAUAACCGGUUUGAUAGUUGCAGGUGGCAAUGGCUGUGGAAAUCACUUGAACCAGUUAAAUGAGCCUAUAGACGUGCUCAUUGAUAAAGCAGAUAAUUCAUUGAUCAUUUCCGAUUCUGAGAACAGAAGGGUACUACAAUGCUUUCGUGAUAAUAGUAAACGAGACGGACAAAUUAUCAUUGAAGAUAUUGAUUGUUGGGGUUUAGGCAUAGAUAAAAAUGGAUCUCUUUAUGUCUCUGAUUUCAAAAAGCAUGAAGUGCGACGAUGGCACGGAGAUAAGAAAAAUGCAAUAGUCGUAGCAGGUGGACAUGGCAAAGGAAACCAAUUCCACCAGCUCAACUUUCCUACCUUUAUCUUCGUUGACGAAAACUGUUCAUUGUAUGUAUCGGAUAGUGAAAAUCAUCGCGUGAUGAAGUGGUUAAAAGAUGAAUCAGAAGGCGUUGUUGUCGCUGGUGGAAAUGGUCAAGGAAACAGUUUAACACAACUAUCUUCUCCUCGCGGGGUGAUUGUGGAUCGUUUGGGUCAAAUAUAUGUGGCAGAUUUCGGUAAUCAUCGUGUGAUGUGUUGGUGUGAGGGAGCGGAGAACGGAAUUAUCGUUGCUGGUGGAAAUGGAGAAGGGAAAAAAUCAAAUCAAUUGUACUAUCCUGAAGGUUUGUCUUUUGAUCGGCAAGGAAAUUUGUAUGUUGCUGAUCUUUGGAACCACAGAGUGCAAAAGUUUGAAAUAAAUUAG